UGCUCUUGUGUUUGACAUUGUACGAUGUGGGAAUCUAGAGGCUACUCUAUCCAAUGUGUCACGCUAGAUGGCGCCAUAGAUGAGCAGAGUUGGAUUUAUUAGAAGUUGAGAACUAGAGACUUAUUCCCAUUUGCAGAAACAUCACCGGAAGUUGAAUCGACUCUCUUUCCCUUUCUGAAAACCUCUCCAUUCAAAUCUCAAUGAAGACUCACCUCUGCUUCCUCUUCUUCCUUCUCUCACUCACCACCACCACCUCUGCCACCUUCACAGUCAACCCCUCCAAAGUCAAGCAGAUCUCAUGGAACCCCAGAGCUUUCGUGUACCAAGGUCUACUCUCCGAGCUCGAAUGUGACCACUUGAUCUCCAUUGCGAAAUCGGAGCUGAAGAGAUCGGCCGUCGCCGAUAAUUUGUCCGGUCAGAGCAAGCUCAGCGAGGUUCGCACCAGCUCCGGCAUGUUCAUCCCCAAGGCCAAGGAUCAUAUUAUUGCCGGUAUAGAGGAGAAGCUGGCAACAUGGACCUUUCUCCCUAAAGAGAAUGGAGAAGACAUACAAGUACUGAGAUAUGAGCCUGGGCAGAAAUAUGAACCACACUAUGAUUACUUUGCUGACAAGGUCAACAUUGCACGAGGUGGACAUCGUGUAGCAACUGUACUCAUGUAUCUUACUGAUGUGGCCAAAGGUGGUGAAACAGUGUUUCCUCUAGCAGAGGAAGUUCAUCACCGUAAGGCUGCAGAACCAGAUGCAAGUCUCUCCGACUGUGCAAAGAAAGGAAUUGCAGUGAAACCACGAAGAGGAGAUGCCCUUCUAUUCUUCAGUCUCCACCCAAACGCUAUUCCAGACACAAAUAGUCUCCAUGCAGGGUGCCCAGUGAUUGAGGGAGAGAAAUGGUCAGCGACUAAAUGGAUUCAUGUUGACUCAUUUGACAAGAUCUUGGAUACUGGUGGAAACUGCACAGAUCUAAAUGAGAGUUGUGAGAGAUGGGCUGCCCUUGGGGAAUGCACCAAGAACCGAGAGUAUAUGGUUGGGUCUGCUGACCUUCCUGGCUACUGUAGGAGGAGUUGUAAGGUGUGUUAACUUGACGUAAUGAUUUCCACGCUCAAACAUCAAUUGGAAACUUCCUGUUCCUGGUGUGGUUAUUUUUUUUUUUGGUGAACUGUAAUACAAGUAUUACAAACAGCCGAAUCAACCUUUGGUUUUGUCUAGUAAUUUUGUCGUCUAUGCUAAUUGUCUUUGUGCUAAAUUCUACCUGUUAAGGGAUAUAUGGGAAUAGAAAGUUACAAAGUGGUUUUGUGUAGAAUCAAAGAUGAAAUAAGAAAAUUUCAUUUUGUAAUCGUAUUGCAUCCAGUCAGUUGAGUAAUAUGGUGAGAUAUUACAUGUAA